GCUCCAGUAUAAAACAAGCCGCUCAGCCGACGCUCGUGGGCGGUGACGUCAGGGGACGCUCGAGGUGUGCGCACGCGCGCGUCCCCGCAGCAGCGUAGACUUCCAGGACGCUCGCGCGGGCUAGAGACCAGCGCCGCUAGGCUCCGCGGAGGAGCGGGGGGCGGAGGGGGCGUAAGCCCGCUCUACGGUGGCCGCAGAGGGACGGCGCUACGGCUCCCACGCUGGGCCAAACGCCUCCGGCAGUCGACCCUGGGCCGACACCUGCCCCAAGCCCCCGCUGGGGUCUCCCAGGCGUAGACGCCCAUGACGCCUGUGCUGGCCGCCGCUCGGACGCUGCACCGCCGCCGUGAGCUAGUGCCCCUGCUGCCUUGGGCCCGAUGCCGGUGAUGCCCAUCCCGCGCCGGGCGCGCUCCUUCCACGGCCCGCACACCACCUGCCUGCACGCCGCCUGUGGGCCCGUGCGCACCUCCCACCUGGUGCGCACCAAGUACAACAACUUUGACGUGUACGUGAAGACGCGCUGGCUGUACGGCUUCAUCCGCUUCCUGCUGUACUUCAGCUGCAGCCUGUUCACCGCGGCGCUCUGGGGCGCGCUGGCUGCGCUCUUCUGCCUGCAGUACCUGGGCGUGCGCGUGCUGCUGCGCUUCCAGCGGAAGCUGUCUGUGCUGCUGCUGCUGCUGGGCCGCCGCCGCGUGGACUUCCGCCUCAUGAACGAGCUGCUCAUCUACGGCAUCCACGUGACCAUGCUGCUGGUCGGGGGUCUGGGCUGGUGCUUCAUGGUCUUCGUGGACAUGUGAGGGUGCCUCGGGCCGCGGCCAGGCGUGCUCAGUUGUGUCCAGCUGCAGUCCCUCCGUUGGGGCAGGGUAGGUGUCUGCCCCACCUGGCAAGCGGGUCUGCAGCACGCACGCCCAUUUCAGGAGUAAAAAGGGCUGAGACUACACUGGCUGGCUGUUCGCCCCUCCCUCCGACCACCUCCCCGCUGACCCUCCUCUCCUGCCCAUUGCACUUGUCCAGUUUUCCUGUGGGGUGGCUCCUCUGUCCAGCCUGUGCUUUGAGACCGUGGACAGGGAGGAGUCCAGGAACAGAUCCAGAGGGCUCUCUUCACUGCACACCGCUUCCUGUGCACCCCUGACCUCAGCCACAGCCUCAGGGACAGUCAGGCUCCACUAGUGACACCACCCUGCCACUUGGGUCCUGGCCCAGGGGCAGACCACUCUCCUUUGCCUGUCACCCUGAGGGGCCGUGGGGAUCCUGAAUCCCAGGCUGGGCCUCGGUCCCUGUGGUUUGCCGCAGGAACCUGUAGGGCCAGCCCCGGGGGAUGAGGGAUCCAGGUGCCAGCCCCACACAAGUAGCUCCAACAUCUUCGCCUGGGGCAGGUCUCAAGCAGGUCUGAAGGUGUGGCGCUUGUGCUGUAAGUCACUGCAGAGGUGGGCUUCCCGGGAGCACCUCUGUCUCUAACUUGUGGGGCAGUUCCAGUCUCCCUGUGGGAGGGUCCAGGAUUAGACCUCCCUGUCUCAAGCAGAUGUCAGGGCUCCAGAUAGGCCCGCCCAGUAGACCCAGGCAGGCUCUGCAGGUGCCUUCCAGGAGCCACAUGCAGUGGGCAUCUGGGAAGACUGCUGUGCUCUGUCCACUGCUGGAGCAUCCUGGGAAGGGAUCCCCUCACCAGCCCAUGAGGGCUGGGGUCACAAGCUGUGGUGGCCACAGCUUACUGGUCGGGGUACGUGGAGUCAUGACACCAGAGUGGGACACCAGGCCAGUCCCGAGAAAGGCAAGUUGGCCAACUCCUGCUUCACUCCAAAUCGUUAUCCCCACUCGUGGGCGCGGGUGGGGCUCCCUUGACUCUGCCCUGCCAGGCAGGCCAGAGGCAAGGGAUCUGUGAGGACACAUCUACCCACAGGAGAAACCUAGAAAACCCCAAACCAGGCAGGACAGCAACGCCACUCCAUUUCCAGCCAGCUUCCAGCUUGGGCUCUGGUGGGAGGCCCCAUCCCGAGCGUCUGACUGGUUUCCCCGGCAGGGGCAGGCGAGGAGCUCCCCAGUGGACCCUGCUUCGCACUGCGGAGAAUCUUUUGCACUAAUUCCUGCUCUUUCCUCAAAGCAGCUUUGUUUUGCGCUAACUGACCCUGGUUGCUCAGAGCUGCCGGAGCCCUUGCCUGGGUGACGGCCGGUGCGUUGGGCGCCAGUGGUGGGAGGGGUCUGCCUGGGCCACGUUGAAGGUGGGUAGGACCUUGUCAUGCUGCACACCCAGCUGCCCAUGUCCCGAGUGCCUGUUAAGUUCUUUACGAGACGAAACACCUGCAUUAAACCUAUUUUUUUAACAUGU